CAGAUUAAACCAGCAAUCGAGAAGUGUUUUAGCAUGGCGUUUCAUUUCUGGCGACUCCCCAGAUGGAGUUUGGGUUUUAACAGUGGCAGGUACCAUUCGCCCCACUUUAGCUCAUUCCUUUCUUCAUUCCGAUUUUCAACUAUUAAUUCUCUUUCCGAUUCCUCAACAAAUGAACCGUCACUAAAUCAAACACACAACCGUUGUAAUUUCGACGAGCAUCACGUCCUUAGUGAACUAUCCGAUUUGUUUCAACUUUCUCAUAUUAAAACGACUAUUCCAUACCCGUACAAGGAGAGUUAUCCGGUGAAACAAAUGGAAAGUAGAGAUGUUGGUGAAUUUUUAUUGCCCGAGGAGAAAUUGCGAGGGGUUUUUCUUCAAAAAUUGAAGGGUAGAACUGCAAUCGAACACGCAUUGUCAAAUGUUAGAGUGGAAUUGAACAUCGAUAUUAUCGCUAAGGUCGUAGAUAGAGGGAAUUUAAGCGGUGAAGCUAUGGUUUUGUUUUUCAAUUGGGCAAUUAAACAGCCAGAGAUACCAAGAGACGCUCACAGUUACUACAUAAUCAUUAGAGCUUUAGGUAGAAAAAAAUUCUUCAAUUUCAUGAUUCAAAUCCUGAAUGAUAUGGUGAAAGAUGGCAUCAAGCCUAAUAUGGAGACCGUUUUAGCUGUAAUGGAUAGUUUCAUUAGGGCUCGGCGAGUGCAUAAAGCUCUGGAAACUUUUGAGAACUUAGAAGAGUUCGGAUUGAAGCCUGAUACCGAGUCUUUGAAUAUGCUUUUACAAUGUUUGUGCCGAAGAAAUCAUAUAGGUGCUGCAAAUUCUUUUUUCAAUGCAGUGAGUGGGAAGAUGAAGUUUAAUCUUGUGACAUAUAAUAUCAUGAUAAGUGGGUGGUCAAAAUUAGGUAGAGUUAGAGAAAUGGAGAGGAUGGUGGAAGGAAUGAUAACAGAUGAAUUUACUCCAGAUUGUUCAACUUUCUGUUACCUUAUUGAGGGUUUAGGAAGAGCAGGACAGAUUGAUGAUGCCAUUGAGAUUUUUGAUCAUAUGAAGGAGGAAGGUUGCAUUCCAGACACUGGAGUGUACAAUGCAAUGAUUUCUAAUUUUAUUUGUUUUGAGAAUUUUGAUGAAUGUAUGAAAUAUUACAAGGAGUUGCUGGAAAGUAACUUCGACCCUGAUUUGGAUACUUACUCAAAACUGAUAUCCGGUUUUCUCAAAUCUAAAAAAGUGGCUGAUGCUCUUGAAAUUUUUGAAGAGAUGUUAGCUCAAGGGAUUGUCCCCCCUACGGGGUUUAUAACUUCUUCCAUUGAACCUUUAUGCAGUUAUGGUCCACCUCACGCUGCUGUGAUGAUCUAUAAGAAAGCAAGAAAAUUUGGCUGCAAAAUAUCGCUUACUGCCUAUAAGUUAUUGCUCAAGCGACUAUCUACAUUUGGUAAAAGUGGAAUGCUGUUAAAUUUAUGGGAUGAGAUGCAAGAAAGUGGUCAUUCUUCUGAUAUGGAAGUUUAUGAGCACGUCAUUAGUGGACUUUGCAACAUAGGGCAACUUGAAAAUGCUGUCCUUGUUAUGGAAGAGGCAUUGCGCAAGGGGUUUUGCCCUGGCAGGAUUAUAUGUAGCAAAUUGAAUAACAAAUUGCUUGCUGCAAAUGAAGUAGAUAAGGCUUACAAGCUAUUUUUGAAGAUUAAAGUUGCUCGCCGCAAUGACAAUGCUCAGAGAUAUUGGCGUUCUAAUGGCUGGCAUUUUUGAGUCGGCAUGUGAAUGUAUGAUUUGGGCAAGUAUAGUUUGCCUUUGUACUUUGUCUAUUUCAUUAAACUAGCUUGUAUUAUUAUCGAUGUAGUUAUUUUAGUGGUAUUCUCAGAAUCUGUAUCUAAGGUUUUUUUUCCUAGUAAGAACACACCACAUUAUACCGUUCAAGAAAAAAAGAACGCACCACAUAUUAUCAUUGGAAAGAGUAAACUUUGGCUUUUCAUUCACCUUCUAUCUCUACUUGGUAAGAACAGUUUACUUCUCAUUUUGUUGCAUUUUCACUCUUGAUUACACCUUCAAUGUGACAGUGUUGAUGCGUAUACAGCAGGAAUAAUUGCUUUUGGUGACACUAUCUGCUGAUUCUUGCUGCAUCACAUCAUCGAGUUU